AUGAAUAAUAAAGAAGAAAAUAAGAAAAUGCAAUAAAGUGAUGGUGAUGAAAUUUUUAUACACAUUUAAAGCAAUGCAAAUUAAUAUAAUAUUUAAAACACCGAUGAUAAAAGCUAGAAAUAAAUUAUGAUACCUAAUUAAACUAAUUAAGCAAUCGUGCCAGAAAAAAGUAAUUUAAAACAAUUAACUUUUGAAUAAAUUAAAUUGGUUUCAUCAACUUAAGUCACUGGAGAUGGACAUGUUUAAUCUGUUAGAGUUUAAUGUCCAUAAUGUAAAUAAAAGGUAAAGUAAACCAGUAUUUAAGGUUGAUACUGUUAUAGUGCGCAAAGUUGGAUCACAAACUUAUGUUGCCUCUUGCAUACUUUUGUUAUGUUCUUUUGGUUUGGUUUGUGUUUCUUGUCUCCCAUGUAUAAUUGACGACUGCAAGGAUGUUUUCCACUCUUGUCCUUAAUGCAAAAUUCCACUUGGAAAAACUUAAUUUCAAAUUAUGGAUUGA